AGUGGAGGCCUUGAGGGGCCAACAACUCCUCACAGAGCUGCUCUGUGCCUUGGUCCCUGCAAGACUUGCUCCCACAGCCACCGGGGAGCGACUGUUCCCACAGUUAAUGCCUCUACCACCACCCAGCUUCUCAGGGCAGGCGGCUGUUGCCAUCAGCUGUCCCCAGGGGCAGGGCCUUCGCAACUUUUGUACUUUGAUCAAGAUGUGGUAACCUCUUUCCCUGGGCUCCAUAAGCCCUAGAAAGGGAAGCUGGUUCUAGCAGGACCAGCUCAACCACCUCCUCAGUGCCUGGAGCCUUCUGGAAAGAGAUUGUCCUCUCACUUCUGGAGAAGAUGCAGACCCAGGAGAUCCUGAGGAUCCUGCGGCUCCCCGAGCUAGGGGACUUGGGCCAGUUUUUCCGCAGCCUCUCAGCCACCACCCUCGUGAGCAUGGGUGCUCUGGCUGCCAUCCUCGCCUACUGGCUCACUCACCGGCCAAAAGCCUUGCAACCACCAUGCAACCUCCUGAUGCAGUCAGAAGAAGUGGAGGACAGCGGUGGAGCUCGGCGAUCUGUGAUUGGGGGAAGCACUCAGUUGCUUACCCACUACUACGAUGAUGCCCGGACAAUGUACCAGGUGUUCCGCCGUGGGCUUAGCAUCUCAGGGAAUGGGCCCUGUCUUGGCUUCCGGAAACCACAUCAGCCUUACCAGUGGCUUUCCUACCAAGAGGUGGCCAACAGGGCUGAAUUUCUGGGGUCAGGACUUCUCCAGCAUGAUUGUAAAGUGGGCACAGAGCAGUUCAUUGGUGUUUUUGCACAGAAUCGGCCAGAGUGGAUCAUUGCAGAACUGGCCUGCUACACGUAUUCCAUGGUGGUGGUUCCACUCUAUGACACCCUGGGUCCAGGGGCUAUCCGCUACAUCAUCAAUACAGCGGACAUCUGCACGGUGAUCGUGGAUAAACCUCAGAAGGCCAUACUUCUGCUGGAGCAUGUGGAGAGGAAGGAGACUCCAGGGCUGAAGCUGAUCAUCCUCAUGGAGCCAUUUGAUGAUGCCCUGAAAGAGAGAGGACAGAAGUGUGGGGUGAACAUCAAGUCUAUGCAGGCCAUAGAGGACUGUGGCCAAGAGAAUCACAAGGCCCCUGUGCCUCCACGGCCUGAUGACCUCUCGAUCGUGUGUUUCACGAGUGGUACAACAGGGAACCCCAAAGGUGCGAUGCUCACCCAUGGGAACGUGGUGGCUGAUUUCUCUGGCUUUCUGAAAGUGACAGAGAGUCAGUGGGCUCCCACUUGUGCGGAUGUGCACUUUUCCUAUUUGCCUUUAGCACACAUGUUUGAGCGAAUGGUGCAGUCUGUUGUCUAUUGCCAUGGAGGCCGUGUGGGCUUUUUCCAGGGAGACAUCCGACUCCUCUCAGAUGACAUGAAGGCUCUCCGCCCCACCAUCUUCCCUGUGGUCCCACGGCUGCUGAAUCGGAUGUAUGACAAGAUCUUCCAUCAGGCAGACACCUCAUUAAAACGCUGGCUCCUGGAGUUCGCAGCAAGACGAAAGCAGGCCGAGGUCCGGAGUGGAGUCAUCAGGAACAACAGCAUCUGGGAUGAGCUCUUCUUCAGUAAGAUCCAGGCCAGUCUUGGGGGGCACGUGAGGAUGAUUGUUACUGGAGCAGCCCCCGCAUCACCAACAGUUCUGGGAUUCCUACGAGCAGCUCUGGGGUGCCAGGUCUAUGAAGGUUAUGGGCAAACGGAAUGCACAGCUGGGUGUACCUUCACAACGCCAGGAGACUGGACCUCAGGGCAUGUAGGGGCACCUCUGCCUUGCAAUCAUAUCAAGCUGGUUGAUGCAGAGGAACUCAACUACUGGACCAGCAAAGGAGAGGGAGAGAUAUGUGUGAAAGGUCCAAAUGUGUUCAAAGGCUACUUAAAAGAUGAGGACAGGACAAAGGAGGCCCUGGACAGCGACGGCUGGCUUCACACUGGGGACAUCGGGAAAUGGCUGCCGGAGGGAACCCUUAAAAUCAUCGAUCGAAAAAAGCACAUAUUUAAACUUGCUCAGGGGGAAUACGUUGCACCAGAGAAAAUUGAGAACAUCUACAUCCGGAGUGAGCCUGUGGCACAAAUCUAUGUCCAUGGGGACAGCUUAAAGGCCUUUUUGGUUGGCAUUAUCGUGCCUGACCCUGAAGUCAUGCCUUCCUGGGCUCAUAAGAAAGGAAUCAGAGGGACCUAUCAGGAGCUUUGCACAAAUCAGGAGCUGAAGAAAGCCAUUCUGGACGACAUGGUGGAGUUGGGGAAGAAAAGUGGACUCCAUUCCUUUGAACAGGUUAAAGCCAUUUACAUCCAUUGUGACAUGUUCUCAGUUCAAAACGGUUUGCUGACACCAACACUGAAGGCUAAGAGACCCGAGCUGAGAGAGUACUUCAAAAAACAAAUAGAAGAGCUUUACUUGGUCUCCAUGUGAAGCUCAAGGAGGGUUCUUCUCAGUCCAAUGAACUUUGCAGCAAUAUUACGGUUAUUCUUGAAAGAGAGGAAUCGGAGGGACGCAGCUGAUAAGGAAUGAGCACCCGAUCUUGCGACUGAGCCUUUCCCAACCCAUGAAGUCUCUAACAAUAUUUUCUCUACCAUCACCAAGUAUACUUUAUUUUUAUUAAAUGAUAUUGUAGCAAGCUGCUAAAAAUAUUGCAAAUGGCAAUGUAAAAACAAAUCAAGACAUUUUCUCAUGAACUGUGUACCACUAAAAGUAAUAUAUUCGCAAUGUUCACAGAAUUCCAUUAAACAUAAAGGAAAAACCAUAACUGAUAUAUUGUACUUAAUUAUUUGUGGAAUAAUAACCAGAUACAGCGAAUGUCUAGGCAAUGUGGACUACCUCAUUAAAUAACCGUCAAAGGUCGCAGUUAGGGCAGACUCAAAACUUAAAGCAAGAUGUGGGAAGUCACGCCCAAACAAAACAUGGUAGUUUGCAUGUGACCUGACUUCCAUCCUCUAACAUGACCAUCCUUGUUGAUGCAAAAGCCUUCUGUCUGAUUUUUACUUUUAUAUAAAAAAUGGAAAUGUAGAUGUUCUUUUUAAAAGUAUUAUAUUUAUUUAAUAACUCCCAAAGUUCUUUCAGUACAUUUUCUCGUUGAUCAAACUCACUGAAAUAUUCAGAAUCUACAUAAAAAACUACAUAUAAGGUAUGUGUAUUUACAGAAUUCUUACCAUAACAAAGCUUAAAAGAUAUCUGUUGACUUCAGCAAAUGGAGUCGUGGCAAAAAACGUAGGGGACGACACUCCGUGAUUUCCCAGGGUGGGUGACAAUUCAUGUACUUGUGUUCCUGCUAGAAUCUUUCCCCUUUCCAUUUUCAGUAUGUCUAUGCCAAGUCUGGGAAACACAGUAUGGCUGAACUUCUGAACAACUUUGCUUUCCCUCUUAUGACUUUUAAGGCAAAUGCCAGGAGGACUAGAUGCUAUUUCCAAAUAACUCUCCAAUGACAUGUAUGGAGCACUUCUUCAAAAUUUUCCCAGAAAACCGUUUAAAUUCAACAUAGAGCAAGACCUGCAAAUGGUAUAAUUCCAUUCUUAGAAUCUCUAGAUGCUACCAAGUUUGACCAUUAAACCUUAAUUAUACCACAUAUUUAGAUGCAUCCUGAAUCUGGGUGCCAUGAUUCUAAUGUCACUAAAAGCCUCGAUACCAUGGACAGCGCAAUUCGGGUCAGCUUUACACAUCCUGUUCCUGAGGAGAGCAAGGUCCCUAGGGAAGUCUUUCUCUUCUGUUGGAACAGGACUCUGAAAGUAUAUGGAGAACUCAGGCAGUUCACAUGACCUUUCCAAAUACAUAUGUGAUCAGUGUGGCAGGACAAGAAUUCCUUAGCCCUGGAGGAAAUCCAACUUGGUUUGUAAGUGAAUGUUGUCAGUUACAACCUGCAUCAUUGUGCAGGCCUGUUGAAUGGUCUCAAUCAGUUUGUAGGUGAAUGUUAUCAGUUAGAACCUGCAUUAUCAUGUAGGCCUGUUGGAUGAUCUCAACCUGUUUGUAGGUGAAUGUUAUCAGUUAGAACCUGCAUCAUCAUGUAGGUCUGUUGCACGGUCUACAUCAUUGAUCACACAUGUGUUUCAAUCAUGCUGAGUCUUGACCUCUGUUUCAAUUGAUAUAGUUAUUCGGGUACUUUUUUUUUAAAAUUCGGGUAUAUUCCUUGGGCAUAAUCUCUCUGAAGACUCAUUGUUGCACUUAUAAAUUUGACUUUGAAUAAAUGAGCAAAUUCUGUUCACAUUAAUUUGUUUCACAGGGUGGAGGAUCAAAACCAGAUCCUUUCACAUGCUAGGCAAGUGCUGUCCUACUGAGCUCCACUCCUAGUGUGCAUUAAAUUUGGAAGACAUUUCUGACUAGACAAAUAACACAUCCAAAGCCACAUGUGGGAAGCACUGGCUUUUUAGAUACUUAAUACAUAUUUGACAACUAAAUUGAAGUUCAUUACCUGAAUUAGAUACUCAUAUUAUUUUAAGGGCAAGAAGUUCUGCAUUUCAAAUAAAAGAAGCUGUUUUCCAUUGUCCUACUUGACUAAAAUCUCAUAGCUGACUUUGAUUCCAACAGAAUUUUUAACAGUGCAAUUUAAGCAAAUUAUUUAAAAAUUUAUCUGUGUUCUAUUUAUUCUUCUUUGUAGUUAGAUGUGAUUAAAUAUGGACAACCUUUGUUUGUUGCUUGUUUCUCAAAAGAUUUUGCAUUUCUAUUGAACUUCCCAAUCUGUGUGGGAACUAUCACACUUCAUGGGAGGGUGCAGAUGUGCUUAGAAAGUCAAUGGUGGGCCUUAAAUGCAUCGUAUACCCUAUUGCUCCUCUGUGAAACACUACUUAAGUUUGUAACAAGAAAGAAAUGAAACAGCAUGUCAUCAAUGGAAAAAUCCUUCUUGCUUCAUAUUUCUCAAUCUUAUCUCAGGUGAUGAAAAAUAAGUUUGUGUUUCUCUUUGACCAAUAUAGGAAAAAGGCUAAGUACUUAAGACUUGUCAUAAUCCCAAUGGGCACCAUAUACUGUUUAAAGUUUGGAGGCCACAGAGACUAAUUUCUUAAUCAUAAAUAUGUUCUUAAAUGUUUGGCAUUUGUAUCUAUUUGUCACUCAAAUGUUCAAAUGUGUUACUAAUUCUCACUUUUUAAAAAAAAAAAAAUCAACCCAGUUUGGGUAAA